AUGAAGUUACUUGAUAGAGGAGAAUAUUGGCAAGUUCAGACAUUUGACAAAGUACACACCUGUACCGUUGAUAGUUUGCAAGGGCGGUUUCCAACUACGAGUGCGAAGAUGAUUGGUGAACUUAUGUCACACAAGCUUCGAGCUAAUGGAGUAGCAUUAAGACCUAAGGACAUAAUUUGUGAGAUGAGAGCUUUGUGGGGAUUGGAAUGCUUGUAUGGUAAGGCUUGGCAAGUGAAGGAGUAUGCGGAGAGGCUUGUUUUCGGUCCACCAGAGGAGUCAUUUCAACUACUACCCUCGGAUGUAAUGCGUCCUACGGUUGCAAUUGAUGCGACACAUCUGAAAGGCAGGUUUAAGGGUGUUCUCUUUGUCACUGUAUGCAAAGAUGCGAACGAGUGCCAUCUCAGCAUUAAGAAAGCAAUCCAAAAUGCAUACCCAGAAGUGCAACAUGGUUUAUGCGGUUACCACUUGAAAAAAAACUUUAAAAACAAGUUCAAGCGCGACGAUGUUUGUAUGCUUUUUACCCUUGCUCGAGAUUGCUAUAAGGUGGCCGAUUUCAACAAACAUAUGAACCAGCUACAGCAGAUUCACCCAAGAGCCCACGUUGACUUUAUGAGAAUAGGGCCUGAGAAAUGGGCACUUGCAUGUUCACCGGUAAGGCGAUACCAAAUGAUGACAUCCAACAUUGCGAAAUAUGUUAACUCAUGCUUGAAGCAUGCAAGACAAAUGCCGAUCACUGUUUUGAUCAAGUUCAUCAGAGGCAUGUUCCAGCGUUGGUUCCGUGACCGGUACGAGGAGGCCUUCAAGGUGACCACGCCCCUCAGCCCUUGGGUUGCUAGGCAGUUGAGCAAAUGGUUUAAUGAUGCACAUCACUUUGUAGUUAAGCCUAUCAAUCGAGUGGAGUUCAAAGUUAAAGACGAGAAGAUGGACGGACUUGUAAACUUGUCCAAGAAGACAUGUUCAUGUUUAAAUGCGAUUGUGAAGCCAUUGAAUUUUGCGCUGACUACUACAAGACAACCAUUUUGGUGGAAGGUCAUUUAG